CACAAUGAGAUACUUUACCAUAGUCUUACUGGUUGUUGUGGUGACCUGUGUGUUACUUGAAACUGAAGCUCGUAAGAGAAAAAAAGACCACGACCCAUCGGUAACCAAAGCAGAAAAAACACCAGAGGAAAUAGCAGCUCGAAAGCUCAAAAGACAAAAGCAAAAAUCUGCAAAGGUAAAGAAAACACCCGAGGAGAUUGCCGCCCGUAAACUCAAGAAACAAAAGCAAAAAUCUAAAAAAGUGAAGAAAACGUCAGAGGAAAUCGCUGCACGCAAACUCAAAAACAAACUAAAGAAGAAAGAAUUAAAACCAAAGAAAACCUUGGAAGAGAUCGAAGCCUGCCAGUAUAAGUGCGAUGAUGAGAUUGGGGAACUGUGCACAUACUUCCACCCGAAACAUGAAUCCCAAAAGGCCUGCAUUGAUGAACAUGCUGUGUGUUGGUACGCAUGCGAAGAGAACUGAGCUAGAAUGGUGAAGGGGACAACCCUUGAAGUUUAGUCAGAUGUCAACACUACUUAAUAGAUUAAUAAAUACCUUCUC